GGGCCAGGCCGGGCCGGGGCGGACAUGGGGCAGCGGGAUCGUAUGUUUAAGGUGCUGGUGGUGGGGGACGCGACGGUGGGGAAAACGUCCCUGGUGCAGCGCUACGCCAACGACAGCUUCAACCGGCACUACAAGUCCACGGUGGGAGUGGAUUUUGCUCUGAAGGUGGUCCAGUGGUCAGAAUCGGAGACAGUACGACUUCAGCUCUGGGACAUUGCAGGACAGGAACGUUUUACAUCUAUGACCCGGCUCUACUACAGGGAGGCGUCAGCCUGCGUUGUCAUGUUUGAUGUCACCAACAUCAGCACGUUCAGCAACAGCCAGAAGUGGAAGCAGGACUUGGACAGCAAGCUGAUGCUGCCAGACGGGAACUCUGUGCCUUGCCUGCUGCUGGCUAACAAAUGUGACCUUUCCCCGUGGGCAGUGACAAGAGAUGAAGUGGAUCGGUUCAGCAAAGAAAAUGGCUUUUCUGGUUGGGUGGAGACAUCUGUCAAGGAAAACAAGAAUAUUAACGAGGCCAUGAGAGUCCUGAUUGAAAAGAUGAUGUCCUCAUCCACUGGUGAUGGAAGUUCCUCUGCCUCUGGGAGUGGGGAUUAUAUUAACAUAAAAGAGACAGCCCCGCCAGGCUGGGCUUGCUGUUAGAGGCACUGACUACACCAUCUGCCUUGGCUGUCAGUGGUUUUCGGAGUUCUUUUUUUACAUAAUUGUGAAAUAUCUUCUUUUUAGUGCAUCUUCGUUCUCAGUAGAGCAUUGCUACAAUGACUUGGAGUGAGGAGUGGAAAGGAGAGAGGAAUAAGAAGAUUCUUCCUUCUUGUAGCGUAGCAGCAGCAGCUGGGACCUCUGCUGCCAGUGAUGUAGCACAGGCUGUGCUCAAGCACAUGGCUUGGAUUAAUCUUUUAAAAAAUUUUGAGCACUUCAUUUCCUGACAUGGGAUAGCCUGUCUCAGGCAGGGUGAAGGAUGACCAAGGUCUAUUUUUAAUAUUGUUGCACCUUUUAUCCACCACUGCCUACACCCACCACACGCAGAGGUGUCAGUCCAAGGCGUUGCGGUGACCUUCAUUGGACACACGCAGAGUUCAAGCGGUUUCUCUGUGCCUGUGGACUCCUAUCCUGGGAUUACAGCAAACUCUCUACUUCAUGCUCUGGAACUACCUACCUCUGCUUAUGUAUCCUGGAGGGAACAGCAAAUCUCAUCGUGGCCACUAACUGUCCUUCAGAUGUGAAGCCUGAUGUGGGUUAGCGUGGUGUCCCACAUAACCAGACCUGUAAAAUUAUCAGUGUGAAUUUGAGAGCCAUUUCUUAGCUGUUGACUGACUGUGGUGCUUAACAGUAGAGGCUUCAGAUUCUUGUCAAGAAUUGCCCAGUUGCCUUCUGAUCAUUCUUACUCACCCUCUGUCUAGCACAAUCCUAUGUAUUCUGUUCUGCCGCCACUUUAUUAUGGCAGAGAGCUGAAUGAGGAAUAGGUUGUAAACUCCUUUGUAUGACAGAACAACAGCCCUUUUCACUUUUAGAACACCCUGUAUCCUACCAUCCUGGAUAGCUUUGCAAUUGCUGAUGAAUUGCCUUCCUACAAUUAGUCUGUAGUGAUGAGGGAGUUUGGUGGCAGAGGUGGUGGAGGAGAGGCAGCCUGCAGAAAGCCCUCCCGCUGCUUUUAGUGGGGAAGCAGGGGAGAAGCUUUUGGAGGUCAAAAGGACAUGAAGGGAACUGUUCCCCACUUGUCUUUUGGUGCCUACUUCCCCUCACACAUCCCCAGGUGCUUGUGGUUGCGAACGGUUCCUGCCAACGACGACACAAAAUGGGUGAAAGCACAUGAGAUGUCUCAGGAGAGUUAAGAAAUAGGAAAGUUGGUCUGUGGGGUUGGAGUUACAGGGUGUUGAGGGCAUUUUAUUGUAAGCAUAUAUGCAACAGAAUUGUCUUGCCCAUGUUUUAGAUUAGGAUUUGAACAAGUGGCCUUCAAUAAUGUUUUUCCAUUCUUGAGUAGUUUCAUUUGAAAAUAGGACCAUAAACUGUUUGUCCUGAUUCCUCCUGAAUUAGGAUUGCUUUUCUAUGGCAAAACAUUCCCUCUGUCUGUCUUUUCUUACUCUCCAUAAUCUGUGGAGGGAGAGGGUGGUAAGAGCAGGAACUGAUUGCCUUCACUAAACACAAAAAACUCCCGAGUGUUCAUUCUCUGUAAUUGAAAUGGAUUGAUGAGUGAUCAGGAGGGCUAAGAAGCUUAGAGCUAGUGUUUUGGGCCAGGAUUCUGUCCUGCAGAGAUUGCCAAAUUUGGUUUUAAAGGUGCUUCAAUAUACCUUUUUCUGUGCCAUUGGAUUCGCUGUAGAAACACCUGAAAUACAUACAACUGGUUGGCAACAACACUGCAGUGUCCUUGACUUUACUUCUUAGUUAUUUUGUUAAAAAAAAAAAAAAUUGUAAUCCUAUAAAUAUUUCUCAUUCUUUCUGGAAUAUGGAGAGGAUGGUCUACUUUUUUAUGGACCUGUCAUGAAACCAUAAAGAUUCAUGUAGUAGUUAUUGUUUUCUGUGUAUGCACCUCAGAGUCUUUCAGCAGAGAGGGUCAAGUUGUAGACCCAUCCUUGCAGAUGGAGAAACUGAGGGAAUCUCUGCCCGAGACCAACUGACCGCUCAAGUCAGUAAGAGCUUGGCAGUGAAAGGAGAAUCUCUGAUUCACGUUCCAAUGGCCAGGCUGCUAGGCCACGCAUCUUGCGGAAGAGCAUCUUCAUACCUUUGGCAUAUUGGUUUCAUACAUUCCAGUGCCCCUUGCAUGUCUUGACCUCUUCAUCCGGACCUAUUUCAUAAAUGCCUCUCAGAAACAAGCAAAAAGCCAAAGGAAGAUCCUUAAAGAUUUUCUUCUAUUAUGCAUAUUUUCUGCUCUGCACACUGGUUUCCGUUAAUGGCGUAUGCCUUGGGGUGAGGGUUUUUUCCCUCACUCCUUGUUAACAUCUUAAUAGCUACCAUAUCCAGCCAAAAUCCAAGCCUGCACAACAGAACAGUGAUUGCUUGAGAUGAGUAUAAAACCCCAGCCAGGCAGGAAAAUGAUUUCACCGUGCAGAUGUGAGUGCUUUUCGAGAGCCUGCACUGUGGCACUCGAGGGGCUGAAAAAAGAAAAACAAAACAAAACAAAAAAAGCCUUGAUAUAGUCCAUUAAAACAAAGCAAUUCAAAAGCCUCAUCUGAACAUGCAUUUUGCUGGGAUAGGCAAAGUGGAGAGAAGGGUUGCCUGUGAAAUUAUUUGUGCCCAGCUUGCACCAGCUGAAAUAAUUCUCUUUUUUGAAGCAACCAAAAGGGAAAAGCCAACUUGAGCAAAGCAGUGUCUAAUAAAUAUUUUAAACCACGUUAAAUCUUGUUCAUGCAGACUGACAUAUACUGGACUCUUUCAAAUAUGAAUGAGAAAAGCCUAAUCUUUAUCCCGAUGAGCUGUGCUUCACUCACAUGUUUAUCAGAAAUGACCAGUUUUAAAAAUGAAGGUCCUUGCUUUUCCCUUCUGCAGUGCCUGCUUUGAUUUUGUACUCUUCUGAAGUGUGACUUGGGGCCAACUGUACCUCUUUCCCUCUCUUCCACAUGUUCCUCAUUCCUAUAACUUUUAAUUUGUGGCCAUAGGACUCAAAACCACAUGAAAUUUACAGGUGUGUUUUCUGUGUUGAUGACAGCAUACUGUGGGUUCACAUAGCUGGGAAGUUUUACUGCAAUAGAAUUGGAAAGCACAAGGGCAGACUAUAGUUCAGAAAUGUCAGCAAUAUAAAAACUUUGCCUUGUUUUUUAAACUACUUGCAGUUAUACAGAAGUAUUUCAGAGACAGGGUUCUGAUUGCAGUAUUAUUGAUAGAAGAAACUUCUGGGAGGUUUUCUCCAUAUCAGUCAGUGGCUAAUGCAGUAUUGCAAAGUUUGAAAUAAAAAGUUGGAUAUGGCUUGUGCA